UGCAAAGUGUUAGGCAUGGCAUGAUGGGAUUUCUCAGCCACAUCACGCUUUCAAAUCACUCCCCACAUGGUCUUAUUCGGCCACGCCGAAGACUAGUAAGUGACUUGUGCCAGUACCUACCUAGUCCAUUUCUUUAUAGUUUCCGUUCUUACCACCAGUCACAUCAGACCAACUUUCCAGUGAUUGUCGUCCACAUAAUACUCCAGGGCGCCUGGAAUCUUCAACAGAGUCCAGAAAUUAGCAUUUCUGAAGGCAUUAUCACAACCUGCCACCCUGACGCUCGUCGAGCCGCUCAGUGUGGAACGGAGUUACGGUUUGCCAACACGAGUCAUACGCAUGCAGGAGGCAGAGGAGCAAGAUACAUGUCGAAUCUGCAGCGCGCCUGGCGACUUGGAUCAGCCGCUCUUUUAUCCCUGUAAAUGCUCUGGCACUAUCCGGUAUAUCCACCAAGACUGUUUGACAACAUGGUUAUCUCACAGCAAGAAGAAGACCUGCGAUGUCUGCAAACAUCCAUACUCAUUUACAAAAGUCUAUGCAGCUGAUAUGCCCUCAACACUUCCACCACUUCUUUUGUUCCGCCGCCUUGCUCAGCAGGCAUUAUUUGCCGUCCUUUUUGGUCUGCGGGCUAUUAUGGUCGGAACCGUCUGGCUUGCCGUGCUACCUUGGAUUACCAUUUGGACAUGGAGAGUUUAUUUCACAAUGGGCGAAUCAACUGCAUGGUGGAUAAGUGGUCGUGGUCGACCAUAUGCUGACUUUUUUGGGAUGAAUGGCCCCACCGCUUCUUUGAAUGGUUCCUUUGCUGGUCUCGGACUUCCUUCCAACGCCACACUAUAUCAACGUCUUUCCAAUCGCCCAUUCUGGUCGAUGCUAUCUGCUGACAUUUUCGCCGGACAAAUCAUUGCCUCCCUUAUUGUCUUAAUAUUUGUUGCAAUAUUUCUUCUUAGGGAAUGGAUCUCGCAGAAUGCUCGACCGGGGGUAUUUGAGGAUGAGGAUGGCGGCGCGAUACCUCCUGCCCCUCAACUUGGCGACCUUCCCGCAGUUGCAGUAGAAGAGCCUGUCAAUGUGCCGAUUCCAGAUGAGAAUGGUCAUGAUGCUCGUCGUGCCCUUCAAGAGGCAGCUCUCGAUGCACGACAUCAAGGGAGAGUCAUGCGUGCUCGUCGAGGUGCCGGUGUCGCUCAAAGGCAAGGUCUACGCCAACGUGACCCAAUAGAGAUGGACCGAACCCUGGCUCUUCGAAAUCGUCCUCUCGACAGACUUCCUUUUCCCCUUGAGCCAGCCCCUCAGCUUCCUCAAGUUCCCCGAGAGCAUCCACCACCGUAUGAAGACAAUCAUCAGCUUCGGAAAGGAAAGGGCAGAGCGGAAGAAGCUGAUGAUAUUGAAGAAGGGUCCUCAGACCUUCACUCCCAACGACGUAUACGCAGGAGGAUUCACACCGAGGAAGACGAGAGUACGUCUCGUGAGACUGAUGAUAGUCAAGCCGCUCAACCUUCUACUUCGCUCAAUGGAGGGGAGGCAUUGGCAUUCCCGUUUACUUUCACGGUUGCUAGCACUAUCAGCUCGAAUGUCCCAGAACCAUCUAGCAGUAAUGAUCCCGUCCUCGACCCAUCGACCUUCAACGGGAGGUAUCCCUGGAAUGCAGACUCCCAAAUUGACUCGCAACCAACUUCUUCCUCUGUCUCUCCUUCAACGACACCUUCACUUCAUGUCAAUAUUGGCACUCCGCUGCGGCGACCUCCCAUGGCAAACUCCACUGUUUUUGCGGAAGGGGCGACACCUAACAAACUUCAGCUAAGCCCAGCUCUGCCACUGUCCUCACCAAGCCUCGCAAUGUAUCUCGCACCAGAAGAGCUGGAAGCUGGACCAUCAUCUUCUGGACCAUCGGGGUACUUUGACAACAAUGAACGCUCGAGAGAGGAACUCGAAGAUGAAUAUGAGCGCUUCUUCCGUGAACCGGAGUCAACUACCCCCGACUUACCUCCUCCAUCCGACACGCAGGAUCAAACAUCUAUUGCCACUAUACCAGAUACACCCUUCGAGGAUAAUGACGAGGAAGACGAUGAUGAAGGGGAGGAGGAUGACAUUCCAGCGCAACUUCCUGCAGCCGAGGUUCGGAUUUUGGAUGAUGAGGACGACGAAGACGAUGAAGGCGACGAGUUGAUCAACCCUCACGAUGAGAACGUCGCUGCACCUGCUCAGAUGCCGGUUGCACUCCAGCCUGGUGAGAUUGAUGAUCUAGAACCGGGAGUCGAGGAUGAUUUGGACGGAGCCAUGGAAGCUAUUGGAUUGAGGGGGCCUAUCCUUGGGGUUUUUCAAAACGCGGUCCUUAUGGUCUUCGUUCUUGACACCGCGAUUGGCUUCGGCGUAUGGCUUCCAUUCACCUUUGGAAAGACGACUGCUCUGUUAUCGCUCGACCCUCCACGGGCACUGUAUAUCCUGGAUCUCCCAAUUCGAGCCAUGAGAGUUAUUACAGAUCCCAUUGUGGAUCUUGUAACAGUCGUUCUUGGCCUGUUCGUCUUCCCUGGCCUGUAUUGGUCCGUUCGCCUGGUUUUGAAUGUCGUACUGCUCCUCGCCAAUCGGAAAGUCAGCGCUGACGAGAUUAUCAAGUGGACGACCUUGAAGAUUACAACUAUGUGUGAGAAUGCUUUCGCAUCCUUGCAGACACCCUCGCCUUCCUCUGCCAUUACGUUGUCACAGCGUCUUGAAAACUUCUUGGAAGGUGACUCAGUAAUCGCGCGGUACUUGGAACCAUAUUUUGCAACUCUGGGUCGCGAGGUUCGAUCUGCCUCCGAGCAAGUGCACACUUCAUGGGUCAACCUGACUAUGGGACAAGGGACGUGCGAAAAGGUAUUCGCCAUUAUACUGGGCUACGGCGUAGUCGGCGUCCUUCUUGCUAUUUACCUAAACUUGUUCACUGUUGGUAACGCAAGAAGCGCGGGACGAGCUAUCCGAAGUGCAGUACGGCAGCAGCUCCUAGUGGUCAAAGUGGCCAUGUUCAUUGUUAUCGAGCUCGUGAUAUUUCCGCUUGGAUGUGGCAUCAUGCUCGACAUCUGUACGGUUUGGGUCUUUCCUGAAGCCUCCCUCGAGUCACGUGCUGCCUUCUUCACUCAAGCCCCAUUGACGGCAAUGUUCUAUCACUGGGUCGCUGGAACCAUGUUCAUGUAUCAGUUUGCCAUUCUGUUGGCAGGAUGUCGGAACAUCAUGCGCCCCGGAGCGAUGUGGUUCAUCAAGGAUCCUCAAGAUCAGAACUUCCACCCAAUCCGUGACAUCCUGGAUAGGCCCACAUUCACUCAGUUCCGCAAACUCCUCAUUAGCGCUUUCAUGUACGCCAUGGUGGUUGCGUGUGGAGUGGCAACUCUUGCUGUUCUACUUUUCGUUGGCAACAGGUCGAUUUUCCCUCUUCGGUGGAAGACACGCGAGCCGAUAUCCACUGUCCCUGUAGAUCUCAUUUUCUUACAGUUUGCUUUGCCAUACACGAUGCGCUACCUCAAGCCCAGGAGAUCUUUCCAUCGGUGGGCCGUCCGCAUCUGGAAGAUGGUCGCAGCAAGGUUGCGUCUGACGUCGUAUAUGUUUGGCGACCGCCACUCGGACGAGGAAUUCACAUCACAGUUUGACAGUUGGAUUACUUACCUCCGCAGGUCAUCGGGGGACAUAGAGGCUGCUAGCAGAACGGCCGAUGGGACUUUCCGUCGUGUGCCCGCAAGUGACAACAUCGCACUUCCGAAGGAUAUGCGUGCCACCGCGGAAGUGCUGGUGGAUGGGACUCCCGCCAACCCUGCUGCGCAAGAGCUCGUAGCAGCACAAGAUGCAGAAGCCCUAAAGGCCAAGCGUGAUGUCAAGAACGAUUAUCUUAUCGUAUACUUCCCACCUAACUUCCGAAUGAGAAUCUUCGGUUUCAUCGCCUCUGUCUGGGUCAUCGUCGCCGUGUUGGCUGCUAUCUUUAUUGCGGCUCCCGUGCAACUGGGUCGUCACUUCUUCUGCUUGUUCACAUCGAAAGAGCUGCAUGAUGGCUACUCCUUCCUCGCAGGGCUCUACCUUUUUUGGGCUUGCUAUCUCGUGGUCAAAACCGUGGAACGCAUGGAAAAACGCAGACAGCGAAAAGGUGGUGAUGGGCCAAGAGCUGAGUUUGCAGUCUUCUUCGUGAAACGCAGCCUCCUUUGGUUAUCCAAAAUUGCCUAUAUGGGGAUCUUUGUGGGCAUCGUCGUCCCCAUUCUCUUCGCACUCGUCAUCGACAUGUACAUCGUCAUGCCUGUUCGGCUGACUCUCAACCCGACGAUGACUAUUCACAUCCGUAUUGUCGACAUGUGGGCUCUCGGUCUUGUGUAUGGCAAGAUUUUCAUGCGCAUCAACCGACGGCCUCAAUUUGAUGUUGGGCGCGGAGUGGUCACAAUCAUUAACAACGGAUGGACUCAUCCAGACCCCAAACAAGCAACAAAAGAAGUAAUCAUUCCGCUCAUUGGAGGCUUGCUUGGUAUGCUAUUCCUUCCUGCUGCUGUAGUGUGGGGCCUACGGGAAUUCCUCAAUCUGCCGUUAAGUCCCAAAUUCAUGUUUAUGCACGCGUAUCCAGGCAUGUUCGCCACGGUUGGCUUCUAUAGGGCGUCAAUGACCACGUUGAGGUUGUUGUCCUCCUGGUCACAGGCGAUCAGGGAUAAAGAGUUCUUGGUGGAGAUGCGGUUGCAAAAUCUCGAGCCUGCUGCGACGAGCGAAACCAAUGCACAAAAAGGAGGGGCGGAAGGUGAAGGGACCGCUUAGUUUAUUUUCGAUUUUCGAUUUCGAUUUCGAUUUCGAUUUUCGGAGACCGUAGACAUCAUGGCCUGAUGUAUAACAAUGUAUGUUUUUUUUCCACGUUAACCGCGUGCUGGGCGAGUAUGUGGUUGGCAGCCGGAAGGCAGGUGACGUGGGUUUGGCGUGAUUAACAGUGAAGGUUAGAC